AAUUCUGAGUCGAACUGGAGCUUCAAAUAAAAGCAAACCGACACCCUGAGCAAUCAUAACGAAUCAUUGCAAGCUAAGAGUUGGUAGUGAAGAGUUGUAACUUCUCUAAAUUUUAUUUCUAAACAUGAUCAUCAAACUGAUCGCAUUUGUGAGUUGUGUUUUGGUUGUGGUAUUUGCUCAUGGGCACCACAAUGGUUAUCCUGGUGGCAGAGGUGAUUGGCACAGGCGUGGUCCUGACCACUGGCAUGGUCAUGGUCGCGGACAUCAUCAUGGUAGACAUCACUGGCAUAGACAUGUGCCGUUCGUCAAUUUUGAAGUUCACGAACCGACAGGAUUGACAGUGUCCGUGGUUCAACGGUCGCCAAACACCACGUUCUUCGGCUUGGAGUUGUACGUUAACCAUAAUCCUGUGAAGGCGAACGAUGUACAAUGCGACGUUUGCCAUAACACUACGACGGUUACGUAUGGGAAGUUCAUCGUUGAAGACACAGACGUUAUCAUCAAGAAAGGAGAUGUGCUCUAUUAUUAUGUGUUGUUGGGAGACGAUAAAAAUGUAACUCGUUUGCAUCUGCAAUCUUUGUGGGUUACAGAAUCAAUUGUCAACAAAUGCAAUUGCGAAACGACUCCAGUUCCAGUUCCAGAUAUUGAUAUUCGUAUUGAAACAAGUUCCGAUCAGCCAUCACCGUUACCAGAUUUAGAGAUUCCAGAAGGUACUACAGAUUUUGCACCGAAUAUCGACGACCCGUUUUUCAAUGGGUUGAACACUGGAGAAAAUAUUCCGUUCGAAUGUGAUCUAGAUACCAACACCAAUCUGUGUAGGACUGCAAAGAGCGAGAAACUUGUACUUUCCAAUCAAGAACUGGAGCGCGAGGUGGAUGUUUUGAACGCAAUUAUUGAACAAAUGGGAUCAUCUUGCGGAUCCCGUGGCAGCACUAACAUACUUCGUAUGGUAAACUCGGAUCCGACAGCAUACAAUAUGGAUCAGAUGACAAACGUGGUAAGGUCUACGCUUUCGAUCAAUCAAGAGAUGCAGGAACUUGCCGACAGGAUCAAACGUAUAAUUCCGGAUAGACGUUCGUCGCGCACUAUCCUUCUCGAUAUGUUCAGUUACGUUGACAAGCAGAAGGUGUUGUAUCAUGCACGAAUGAAUAAUUUGAAGAACAUAGAAGACAACGACACUCGGCAGUUUGGAAGGGCUGAUAGAAGAGGUUGAAAAGGAAUAAUUGAAGAUUAAGUUUGUAACAUUUUUUUUCAUGACCACUGUUGAUAUAAUUGAGUAAUUGCCAUUCAUGUAAAUUAAAAGUUUCAACGAAAUUA